GUAAGUCAUCGUCAAAGAUUUCGGUGAAGUUCAAAAUCUACCAUGGAUUUCCGUGGGUUUCUUGAUGGCCGUAACAGCCACGGUUUCUCAUUACUUUUCGUCAUCGGCUCCAUCAUAUAUGGUGCAGCUCCAAAUACUACAGCACUUAUUUUUGGUCGUGUGAUAAGAGGGGGCACUGGGAUGUACCUUGGAGCUCUCACGUUGAUAUCGGUCAACACUAGUCCUAAGGAAACAAUAGAAUAUAUUGAAUGUUUUGCUUUGGUUUGGGGAUUUGGGUCUGUUAUUGAACCCUUAGUUAGGGGUGCCUUUACAGAUAGCUCUGCAACUUUGAGAUGGGUAGGUUUCGUUGCUGAUGCUCUGACAGAUACAUAUAUCCUCAUUUACGCAGCUGCUGCUCUCUCGCUGGUGCUCUCGGUAUUCUUCACCAAGCUCUGGUAGAUCAAAGAAAUAAACAUGGUGAUUGUUAGGUCAUUAUCCACGUCUUCUUUGUGAAUGUCGGGUAUGCUAGCUUAUCAGGAUAUAGCUCAGGCAAAAGAAUAUUA